ACCAAUUUUUUGCAUUCGUUCUGAAAUUGGCAACGGUUACAAAAUCGAAAUGGUUAACGAUUAUUUUGACAAAUAUACUUUCUUAUGUGAAAUGUUCGAUGAAGAAACGGAUGAUAUGAGGGAGUUGGUGUUAAAUUUUUACCCGUUCGAUAAUUCAGUACAAAUCGUCGAUCCCAAAAAAGGUGUCAACUUAGUUAAGCGAGUUCAACUUCCACCGUUAAAACAGGAAAUGCUGCAAGUAGGAAAUAUCGUCAAUGUAUUUUCUAAAUUGUUAUAUAUCAAAGAUUGCGCACCUGCGACACGAAAGAUUCUUUGCCAAAACGAUCAAAGCACAUUCGCAAUGAUAAAACCAGUCCCACCAAGCGCCCACGGUAAGAUCAUAACGUUCAUAAUGAAAAAAGGAUUCCGUAUCGUACGUAUGAAAAAUGGAAAAAUUGAUAAAGAUUUUGCUAUGGAUUUAUACCAGAAUGUCGCCUCGAGUAACAUGUUGCCAAUUAUAAUAAAUUACGUAACAACUGGCGAAGUCAUCGGGUUAGAGUUGGUUGCACCCAACGCAGUGAAAAAAUGGCGCGAUGUCCUAGGCACCACCGACCCGGAGACGGCAGCACCCGGCACGCUUCGAAGACUCUAUGGGGAAAAUAAGCUCAAGAAUGUUGCACAUGGAUGCGUCACUCUUGAAGAAGCCUCUAGGAUGCUAGACAAAUUUUUUGGAUAUGAAAAUGGACUGCGUAGAAUCCCCUUUCGAGCGACUCUCAAAAACUGCACCUGUUGUAUUAUUAAGCCACACGUGAUGAUUGAUGGCAAUGUUGGAGCAAUCUUAGAACAAAUCGCAACCUCUUCAAAUUUUUAUAUUUCAGCUAUAGCCAUGUUUUCUGUGAAGAUCUCCAAUGCUAAGGAGUUUUAUGAAGUUUACAAAGGAGUAUUGCCAGAAUAUGAGAACAUGUGUAUUCAUUUGACAGAAGGAAAAUGUAUUGCUCUGGAGGUAAAAUGCAACAACCCCAGUGUGAAUUGCGUAUGUGAAUUUAGGAAAUUAUGUGGACCAAGGGAUCCUGAUCUAAGCCGUCAACUGUAUCCAGAUUCUAUAAGAGCCCUCUAUGGGAAAAAUAUAAUACAUAAUGCAGUGCAUUGCACAGAUCUUCAAGAAGAUGGGGAGCUGGAAGUGGAAUACUUUUUCAAGUUGCUGGCUAAUGAUUGAAAGUAAUUCUGAAACAUGAGCAGUUAGUUAGUAUACUAACUGCUCAUAAGCUCUUUAACAUUUCUGACAACCAACAUUAAUUGUCAUUUGCAUUCAAAACAGAUUUGACAAUAGCAGUGCUAAAACUCAUAAAAAAAUCAUAUUGAUAUGUCUAGA